AUGUCAUCAUUCUUCAGCUUCUUCUAUUCCAAGCCAAAAACCGAAGAGGUUAUGGCUACGACGAGCCUAACUAGCGAAGAAUUAGAAACUACAAGUUCUCCGGUUAAAACUACUACAGAAGAUCCUCGAUCAGAACCUCCAUCACCUGUCAACCUACUUUCUCCUUCACGUAUAACACAACCGCAAUCAUCACAACUCGACUCGCAGCCUAAAUCACCGAAGGAACAAGAUCAACCUUCCAAUUCUUAUACUGACGAUGAAAUUCUAUUGUAUAUCGCCGAAAAUAACGAAUUGAACGUUUCCUGGUUAGAAGUUAAGAAGAUCAUCAAAGAGAGACUUACAAAGACGUCCCAUGACCCAGAAAUUUCAAUUUUGAUAAAUGGUGAGGAUUCGGAUAAAAAUGAGGGAGACGAGAAAGAUAUUGAAAAUUAUAUGCAUGCCAUUAUUCAAUUAUUGGACAAUUUUGAUAGACCACCAUUUACAAUUCAAAGACUUUCUGAGCUUAUAGUAAAGCCUUUUCAACAUCAUAAAACUUUGAUCAAGUGGCUUCGAGCUGUGGAAAAGGUUUUAACGGUGCAAUCAUCUAUGGAUAUGUUCCCAUCCAUAACCAAUACAGUUACGCUUACAGAUAAGUUAGAAUUAAUGGAAGUUACCACAUCUCCAAAGUUGGUUCCUAUUAGUUUUGCUUAUAACGCAGAAGAGAUAGAGAAGGAAAAUGCAAAUUCUCCUAAAUUAGUUCCUAUUAAAUUUGCUUAUAACGCAGGAUUAGAUGUGGCCGAGAAUGAAGAAUCAGAUGAUGAGAUGAAUGAAGAUUAUUUUUAUGCUAAACGAAAAAUCGUUAUACCAAAAGAUGAUUUAGAUGAUGUAGAAACAUUUGAGAAUAAAAUUGACGAGAUGAUUGAAGGAAAAAAACAGGACUUUUACGUAGAGGAAAAUGAUGAUGUAUCCGCAGAGAAAAGUGAACAAGACGUUAAAAAGAUCCUUAAUAAAAAAAGAGAUUACGAUGUUGAAGAUAAUUCGAUUGAGGAAAAGGAGGAGAAUGUGGAAAAGAUGAUCAAGAAAAAGAAGGAAGAUAAUGUUGAGAAUAAAAUGAUUGAGGUGGGCGAAAAUAUUUCUGAAGGUGUUGAAAACUUACUUGAGGUGAAAAGUACUAUCAAGGAGGAAGGAACAGAGAAUGACCGAGAGAAGGAUAUAAGUGAAGAGAACUUGGAGACAAAGUUAAAGGAAGAUUUUGAGGUAAUUCAAAUAGAUAAUUUGAUAAAAGAAAAACAUAUAAAUGUGGAAAGUGAGGGGGAUAUUGAUGAAAAAGAGAUCAAGGAAAAAAGCGAAGCGAAUAUCGAAAACAUUUCCGGGGAAGGAGAUAUUAAUAAUAUUAAAGUGGUAAGUGAAGAGUCUGUAAAAGAUAAUGAGGAAGAGAGUAUAGAAAAAGGACAGUUUAAAGAAAGAAUAAAUGAAGUUAAUGUAAAAGAAGAUAUUACAGAAAAAGGUGAUGAUGAUAAUGUAGCCGAGUUGAGCAAGGAAAAAUUAAGAGGAAUUGAAAAUACAAAUGAAGAGACGAAGAAAGUAGAAUAA